AAUCCUAGCUGGAGGUCUGUGGAUUCCAUGGCAGAACAAACUAAUUUAUUAUCAGAACAUGUAAGGACAGAUGCCGCUUGCGCAUGCGCACGCACAUGCCAAUCAUCCAUAUAUUUUUGUGUCAUGCGUUGUCGCCUCCUCACCUGAGCUGGUCACCUUAGAAUACCCUCACAGCUCUUACCAAAGCAGCUCUUACUUCAGUUGCUGGGUAGAUCCGUUCCGUUUAAACAUUCAGUGGGAGCGCCACGUCGGCAGAAAUGUACAAGCCACGUGGCAAAGCGAACAAGGCGAAGCAUCUCCACCACUCCGACGGCGCGAGGGGAUGGCCGCCGGAAGAGCCCGCGGCGUCCGCCGCCGGUCACUCCAGCGGAGAUUGGAGCGGAACUGCGGAGGCCAUGCGCGGAGACGCGCGCGUGGCGGAAGCUGUAGGCGGAAUGGCGGUGGGCGGAAUGGCCGCGGGCGGAAUGCCGGUGAGCAGCCCGGACGUUGUGGGGAAGAGCUGCUUCAACUGGCGCGGCGUGUUCCACAAGGACCACGGCGCGCGCGUGCUUAAACUGGAAGGCGGCGGUGUGGCGGAGGUGCUUGUAGUGGAUGCUGGGUGUAGAGACGACGAGGUGAGAAUGCAUCAUGAGUAUUCUGGGGCGGGUUUUAGCGGCGGGCAAGCGGACACAGCGAUGGCAGGUGCGUUUGAAGACGAGGAGGCGCGAGAGGGAUGCACUAAUGGCAGCGAUAGGGUUGGUGCGAGAGGUGAAAGCAUGGCGGGGGUGGGGAGCGAGCAGGAGAGGGCGGUCGCAGCGGAGCGAGGUGGUGUCAUUGGCGCUGCUGCUGCUGCUGCUGCUCCUGCUGGGCCACAUGGUGCGGAUUCCACGUCAGCACUACUGGCCGUUUCAACUGGAGGAACGCAUGACCUCUCUGUGCGUACAGAUGACACGGUUUCAUCUGCCGCGGCGACUGUUGGCAGCGUUUCAUCUGCCCGACUGAGCAUAGACGGCGUUUUAUCCAGGCGUGUGGCCGGGCGGACGGAGCAGGCACGGUGGAAGCAGUAUUGGAGUCAAGCGGUGGUGGGCGGCGGGGGGAGGAAGGGAGCACUGUGAAUGGCACCAGUGGGUCUCCUGCCCUCCUCACCACCGCAUGUCACCUUCUCCAUGUGACCUCCGGACCAACUCUAACUACGCUCCACACGCCUCCUCCCUCCCUCACACCUUCCUCCCUCACUCGCCCUCCCAACGCUCCCUCACUCCCUACGCACCAGAAACAACCACUUCCUCUUCCUCCUCUCCCCCCGGCCGCUCCUCCUCCCCACUCCCUUCCCCCGCAGCUGCACUCUCUGCUGCCUCUGCCCCCCAUACCUCGCCCUUGGACCCCCCUCCUACCAUCUCCCCGUCCCUCCCCAACCCUUCCGCCCCCCAACCAUC